AUGGAGGGCUUAACAGCCAAGGUGUUCCGUACAUACAAUGCCUCCAUCACGCUACAGCAACAGCUAAAAGAACUCACAGCUCCGGAUGAGAACAUCCCAGCAAAGAUCCUUUCUUACAACCGUGCCAGUCGAGCUGUUGCAAUUCUUUGUAACCAUCAGAGGGCACCACCCAAAACUUUUGAGAAGUCUAUGAUGAACUUGCAAUCUAAGAUUGAUGCCAAGAAGGAACAGCUAGCAGAUGCUUGGAGAGACCUGAAAAGCGCAAAGGCUGAUGCCGAGGUCAUGAAGGAUGCUAAGACCAAGAAGGUGGUAGAGUCAAAGAAGAAAGCUGUGCAAAGAUUGGAAGAGCAGCUGCUGAAGCUGGAAGUUCAGGCUACAGGCCGAGAAGAGAAUAAACAAAUUGCCUUGGGAACCUCCAAACUCAAUUAUCUGGACCCUAGGAUCACGGUGGCUUGGUGCAAGAAGUGGGGCAUCCCAAUUGAGAAAAUUUACAAUAAAACCCAGCGGGAGAAAUUUGCCUGGGCCAUCAACAUGGCUGAUGAGGACUACGAGUUUUAGCCAGUCUCAAAGGGCAGGGUUCUGUGAAAAGGAACAGUGUGGUUUGGGGAAGAUGGAAAAACUGUGAGCCUCACUUGCCCUCACACUGGAGGGAGAGAGGCAGCAAGUCUUAACAAACCAUCUUUGCAAAAAGAGAAACCUGGAGAUAUUAUAAGGGAGAGCUGAGCCAGUUGUCCUAUGGACAACUUAUUUAAAAAAUAUUUCAGAUAUCAAAAUUCUAGCUGUAUGAUUUGUUUUUUGUUUUUAUUUUCAAG